AUGCUGAUCGUGGCAGUAUAUGUGGAUGACCUAUUAAUCACUGGGUCUUCUCUUGAGGCGAUACUGGAGUUUAAACAUGAGAUGGCUAGCAAGUUCGAGAUGAGUGACCUCGGACUAUUAACCUACUAUCUAGGAAUAGAUGUUAUACAAUACAAAGGUGGAAUCAUCCUUAAACAAGAUGCUUAUGCUCGUAAGAUACUUGAUGAUGCAGGGAUGAGUUCGUGCAACCCGACUCAUGUGCCAUUAGAGAUCAAUGCUCAGUUCUCUAAGGCUUCUAACGAAGACAAGAUUGAUGAGAGAGCUUACCGUCGCAGCAUUGGAUGCUUACGAUACUUGCUGCACACGCGACCGGAUCUCUCUUUUAGUGUUGGAGUUUUGAGUAGAUAUAUGCAGGAACCUAAGACUUCACAUGGAUCAGCAUUGAAACAAGUGCUUAGGUACUUGCGUGGAUCAAGUAUGCUUGGACUUCAUUACACACGGAACGGUGGGACUAAACUCUUGGGCUAUAGCGAUAGCUCUCAUAACGUGGACAUAGAUGAUGGUAAGAGUACCUCUGGUCACAUCUUUUACCUUGGAGAAAGUCCCAUUAUCUGGAGUUCGACUAAGCAAGAGUUGGUGGCUUUAUCAUCAUGCGAGGCGGAGUUUAUGGCUGCAACGGAGGCUGCUAAACAGGCUAUUUGGCUGCAGGAGCUGUUAAGUGAAGUCGAUGGAACACAGAGUGAGCUAGUGGUGAUUAAGGUUGAUAACAAAUCUGCUAUUGCACUUACAAAGAACCCCGUGUUUCACGGACGGAGCAAACAUAUUCAUAGAAGAUUCCAUUUUAUCCGUGAGUGUGUUGAGAACGAGCAAAUUGAAGUUGAGCAUGUCCCGGGAGUUGAUCAAAAGGCGGAUAUACUUACUAAAUCACUUGGCAGGAUCAAAUUCAAGGAAAUGAGAAGAUUGAUUGGAGUGCAAGAUGUGAGCGAAGAGAAUCUCAAGCUUAAGGGGGAGAUUGUUGGAUAA